GCGACUGUUCGUUCUAUUUCAUUGUGCGCACGUUUUCGUGACGUAUCCGCCGUGUAGUUUGCAUAUAACGCGGGUAUAAAAACAUGUUUUUGUGUUUCACCGCGUAGUUCCGUCGCGGUGCGCGAAACCGAUGUGAUCGUAAUGUGAUCGUAAUCCGAUAGCCCUUCGUAGUAGAAGGAGGAGAAAGAGAAGUAGGAGAAGCGUCCAUUAACCGGCCGAUCAGGGGUCGCGGUUGAUAAGCGCUGAUAAUAACUUGCGCCGGGCAGUUAACUGGCCAGUUCCUACAGCGAAUCGCGCGAGCGAGCCACGGCGAGCGGCCGACGACGGUAGUCGUCGUCAUCGACACGUUCUCCAAAAGUGACGUGGGCAGUUUGCGCGCUCGACCGUCUGAGGAGAGGCAGAGGGAAUCGGCCCCCCUCGUGACAGGUGUGACAGCUGGAAUCUGAGGUGACGCGAUGAAACGUCAAGUAUGAGCACGGACGAGCACCGCGCUAAGAAGUAUAGAUUCGCGCUCGACAAUGUGGAUCCGCCGUCGAGGUUCGAGCCGAGUAAGACGACGGAGAUGCGCCACCACGUCGGCGAGACCGAGCUGAGCGAGGUGCAAGUGAUCGCGACGUUGCCCACAAAUAACGUCACUAUGUCCACGUCGCCGUCGGCGACGACGUCGCCGUACACCGGCGAGCUCUCCUGCAGAAACGGCAGCUGCAAGGCUCAGAGGAGCCGCGUCGAGCCGCGACUCGAAAGUCCUUGGCACAGACUCAAGACCGUCUUCCUGGUGUCCGUGAUCGUGGCGUUCCUGCUUUGGGUCAUAGUGUACACCUUGCUGGACCAGUAUCAGAUCCUGUGACCUCCAGUCGACGUGGCUUCGCGCGACACGCUUCAUCAGCGUGUGACGGUCGCCGCGCAGGUCCUGCGGUUCUGUAAUCCUGGAUCCUUCGUGCUCUCCGUCAUCGCGACCGUCGCUAUAAGAAUCCCGCGACGAACGUGGUUGCGUGUUUCCCGUGACAACGACUGACGAUCAUCUCUGGCACGAAUUCUUGUCUCACUCGCGCGCAGGAAUAAUUUUUUCCUCGCGCGAGGAAGAAAUGACGACACACGAUGAAGAAUCUUUUGGUGAUUUCGCGUCCAGUGCUUCCGAGAAGUCCCCGCGCCGAGGAUUGUCACUGUUAAAUCGUGCAAAUCCAACAUGGCGGUGUAUUACAUCCGGCUCGCAAUGUUUUUUUUUCUUAUCGGCAAGAAGCAACAAGUCCGAAGUUCAGGAAGAAUAUAAUCGGAGGGAGACUCGGAGGGACACUUUCCAUCGGCCGGAAACGCCUCUGUAAAUUGGAUUGUAAUAUUGUAUAUUUCAUAUUGUUUUAAAGAUUUGCGGCGUCUGUAAAUAUUCGAGUAAAAUACGGUUGUUAUACGUAAUACAUGUAGAUUAACCCUUUACUGCCUAUACAGGUUCCAAACGAAGUUUGUAGUCGCUGUUAAAAAAUUAAAAAAUGCUGCAAAUUUUUUACACCGAGUUACGAAUAAUACUGAAGAUUCUUAAUAUUUAGAAAUUGCGCUGUGUAUGUGUGUAUAUAUGUGUGUGUGUGUGUGUGUGUAUGUGUGUUCUUUAUUAAUUCUAUAAAACGUCAGUUCAAUCAAAAAAUUCGUUCGUCUUCCUCCAGCACGACGCUUACGCUAAUCCAACAAAGAGGAAAAGAACAGAAACGAACUUUUUGAUCAAUACAGAUCAAUGGUGCUCCAUGGUUUUUUUUGGCAAAGAUUGUAACAGGCGAGAGUUAGAACGACUGCGACGGGGAGAGAGAAGAGAAUGGAUUUGAGUGACUUUUUAAUCGAUCGUGUACCGCAAUAAAAAGCUGUGCAACGUG